GCGGCACCGGGGCAAGAUCGUCAGUCAACUGUGUGUGCUUCAGCCUCUAAGUGUUACAAACGCUUCACCCGCGAAACUUCUUCGUCGUUCGUCUUCGACAACUUACAAACAAAAAACCACCAAAAUGUACAAGCUGUUCGUUGUUGCCUGCUUCCUGGCCGUCGCUGCCGCCGCCCCAGGAGUCGUUCUGCCGGCCCACACCGUUGUGCACUCCGCUCCCCUGGUUCACGCUGCCCCCGUUGCCGUGAGCCACUCGUCGUCGCACGUUGUGCACCAUGCCCCGGUCGUUAAGACUGUUGCCGUCCACUCGGCCCCGGUCGUCGCCGUCCACCACGCCCCGGUCGUGAAGGCCCUCCCGGUCGUGCACCACGCUCCGGUCGUCCACCACGCCCCGGUCCUGAAGACCGUCGUCCACUCUGCCCCGGUCGUCCACUCCGUGCACCCGGUCCCGGUGGUCAAGAGCGUGCAUGUUGCCAGCCCGGUCCUCGUCCACCACUAAAACCGUCCCAUCACAUCCCACAUCCCGCACCAAGCGGUAACACUUAGAGAUCACUACGAAACAGUAACUUUUUCUGCAAGACAACCAUCAACACCUCCACACGUUUCGCGGCCCGCCACGGAUCUUCCGGUGCGGCCAUGUAAAUACAAAGUGCAUCCAUACAUAACACACACACGCUGAACACAUCAUCAGGCGAACAAAUUUGAGUCAAUCGAAAGAUAAAGCGAGUACUACUAGCAAGAGUGCGUGUGAGAAAGAGUAAAGAGCUAUGAACAUGUCAAUACAACUUUGUUGAAAAAGUUA